AUGCCCGGGCUUGCAGAUCUCCCGCGGGAAAUACUCCUGCUAAUAUUUGCAUACACAGAUCCAGAAACCGUUCUUAACUCCCUCUCGCUAGUCUCUAAAAAUAUUUCCACCGUAUCCCGUGAUUCUCUUCUUUGGCAUAAGUUUUUGACCCAACACAUCUAUCCCAUCAUUUCUUUCCCAGCUAUAGACCCAGCUACAAAAAGCUAUUGGGAAGAAUAUGUCUACCAGCUCAAAGUCGAUGCCCAAACAUCAUCUCUUCUUAAAAAAAUCGUAGCAGACCCAGAUGACCGCGAAAAACAUGUGGCUGCAGUCUCACGAUUGGGACUCCGAGCAAGACCACAUCUGGUUCGUGUGUUGACCGCCCUAGAAUCUUCGUUAACUGAAACCUCUUCAUGUGUGCUUCGCGAAAAGUAUUACGCACGCGAGCUUCUUAUCGCAAUCAACCAACGACACUCAGUCACCAAUGUUCUUAACAUGCUCUCAUCAUCAUCCUCUUCAACAUUUGAUGCCUUUGACUUUCUUAUGGCUUUUGAUUCCUUUUAUCUUAACCGUAGCCCAGAAGCUGGACCCUCCUGUGAAGCAUCUUACCCCCUCAUUUCAACUCUCAAAAAAAAACUCUUACCCUUUAAAAAGUUUUGGAAUUCAAACUUUGGCCCCCACGCUCAACCAUACGACAGGCUCGCAGAUGAUGACCGUGAAGCUAUCAGAAACAGAUUCCUUGACUGGGUCCACUCUCUUGGCAGCAUUUUGUUCCAAUCAAGACUCAUUAACGAUAUCUCACGCGCUCGUACUCGCAACAUUUAUGGCCAAGCACCGCAGGCAUACUUUUUGCACUGCAUCCUUAAUCACCCACACCGGUUCCCAGCAAAUAGCUUGAUAGCAUCCAUAAUCUACUGUCACUUUGCAAAAUGGAUCGGACUCAAGGCUUCAGUGGUUGUUUUGGAAUACGAUAGUUAUGUACGCAUCGAGGACCCCACAAAAUCCGUGGCCCUCCCAGGCGACACUGAGUGCUUUUUUGUGGACCCAAAUCGUCAGGGGAAAAUCCGUACACCAGAUGAAAUGCGGGCCAUCAUCAGCUUGGCCCGAGGAGGAGGAGGAGGAGGAGGAGGAGGUGCAGGUUUAGGUUCAGGUUUAGGUGCAGGUUUAGGUGGUGGUUCAACAACAAUAACAACAGCUACCGGAGUAGGCUCUGCUCACACUUCGCUAGACCCCUCACCAAGCAGACUUGUCGUGGACAUGUUUCUGCGGCAUUUCACUGACGGAUACCCCAUGCAUCACGACUCUGGACGCACUUCGGCCAUCAUGCUCAUGGGCGUCAUGAUGUUUUCGUUUGUAGCAAUCGCAGCCCGUAAAUAUUCCAAACUCCCCCCUGGAGUGCCUGCCAACCCAGAAACUAACAAUACCCGAGUGCUUCGUUCUACAACCCGCGCCCUCCUAGACCAGUGUAUUGUGGCUUGCGCGCCGCAAUCACCCUUAGCCAUCAGCAUUCCGCCAAGCUUGGAUGAGCGCCUUACCCACCUUUACACCAUGGCCAUGUCAUCGAUUGUCUACAAAAUCCCCUGUGCAUUGACCUUGGCUUAUGACUUUUUAUUCCCACUGGUCCCGGCAGCCCUUGUCACUGAUGACACCAAACGCGCCGCCGCCGCGAAACUCCGCCAGCAGCUGGACCUGCAGACGCUGCCCUUUACCGAGCAGGACUAUGAGUUUCGCCGCAGCUUCAGUGCUCGCCCCAAAUACCAUAUUGGCCAGAUCCAUUACAUUGAUCGUGCUGCCGUCUGCGGAGUCAUUGUUGGCUGGUCCUACGUCUCUCACAUUGCAGGUCGCAACUACCGCACGGCUCCGGCAGGUACCGCAUCCCCAGUCGAACCCCAGUCGCCUGUUCAAGGUGGGGUAAGCGCCCACGACCGCGGUAUGGACGUUAAUACAAGUCGCCAUCGUCGGUUAUCUGCCGACGACACGGCUGCAUCGUUGAUUCAAUAUGUUGUUCUGCCGGCAUCCUCAGCCAGCGGAGUACUAAGAGUACUGGAACCGGCGAUUAAUUUGUGGCGGCCGUCACAUUCAGAGCUCAUUGCACUUAACCCAGCAUUUUUCGGGUUAGAUGUGGGCAGGUUUUUCGACAGGUACGAUGACACGCGAAGUUUGUUUGUGCCUGGCAUGGAAUUGUUGAAGCAUUAUCCUGAGGAACGUGUUUAUUUUAAAGACAUGGUGAAUAAUGAUGAUGAUAAAAAUGAAAAUGAUGAAAAUGAUAAUAAUGAUAAUAAUGAUAAUGAUGAUGACUAUGCGAUUACUGAAUAG